AGGGCUGAGUGGAUGUGUAAAAGCAGAGAGUGUGUGGAGUGUCCAAGUGCGUAAUCUUCCCCAGCCAUCAUUUCCCGCCGAACACUCGCGGUACGUGCGCGUGGGGGAAUGCGCGUGAGGAUAUUAUCGUCUAAUUGGUGCGAUUCGUAUCUCGGUCACGUCUAAAACGUCGAGGAAAUAGUGAAAAUAUCACAAAAAGAACUGUUUGUCGUUGUCCCCGCAAACAAGAAGGGAGUCUCUUGUUUUUUUGGAUAGAGGGCGGUUGAAAAAAAAAAAAAAACGUCAGGAAGAACGGACCCUUGGCUAUUUAAAGUUUAGUGAGGAGGACGGUUACUCGCUCUGAGGUGAUUGUUAUGAGACCCACAAAAGAAAAAACGAUGAAGAAGGAGAAAUUGUGGAAUUUGUGAGUUUGGGACACGCAGAGGUUGAAUGUAUGCUCAUUUUGCUGGUACUGAAGAUAUUUCAUUUGAAGUUUACCUCCGCGUUUGUAUCGUCUCGCACAGAGAUGUGGCACACGACUUAAGAAAAGAUUGACGUGCUGCAAGACACCUUUCAGUCGCUGUGUUUAGUCAGCCCGUUUAGUUCGGGUGGAGGUGGGGGGGAUUCCGUUUUUUCCCCGAACUCAUCACAUUAAGAUUAACAAGCCGUCUUUAAGAGGAUCCUCUAUGGUCAUUCAUGAACUUGUUGAACACCCAGCCCUCCGCGGGACCCUUCACAUCUCGAGUGAAUCUCAUUAACAGUGCAGAUGCCAAGCUGCAACAGAGGAUGAUUGACAGAAGGCAAAGCUGAGACGGCUGUCAGUCAACAUCCAGCCAGAGAGUCGAUUCAUCAGAGUGUCAGAAGCCUUGCUCCCUCUCCAGCCCGACCGAUCACUUCUCUUAUCUCGACCCUGCCCCUUCCCAGUGGACACAAAAAAGACCAGAGGUGGAGAUAGAAGCAUUAAGCUUGACGACCUUACAGUGACCAAAGGGAAGCUGGUAUGCUGCUGCACCUCUUCAGUCCCACGUUCAGCAAAAGUUGGAUUAUUUUGUAAACCAGAGCCAGAUCUUCCUCUCCAUUCCCUCUCGUUCUCUCGUGCAUCUUUGAGAGGAAGAGAGCAGACGGAUACUUUACAUCACAGUGAAUAGUCUAUUAGAGGGGCGGCCCGAAUAAAGGAAGCAGCCAUGCGUUUCCCGCUACUCUUGACACUGCAGGCGUUAUGGCUGAGUGUUUGUCAGGCCACGCAGCACUAUCCCACAACCUGGGGACACUACGACUUGUGCAAGUCACAUGGCUACACGGACGAAGGCCCGACCUGGUAUUACAUGGCCUGUCAGCCCGAAGCAGCGGACAUGACCAAGUACCUAAAAGUGUAUCUUGACCCACCCAACAUCACCUGUGGAGACCCACCAGAGACCUACUGCACCCUGGAAAACCCCUAUAUGUGCAACAACGAGUGCGACGCAGCCACAGAGGAGCUUGCCCACCCUCCUGAACUCAUGUUUGACUUUGAGGGCCGCAACCCCACCACCUUCUGGCAGUCCAGCUCCUGGAAGAAAUACCCUAAACCUCUGGCGGUCAACAUAACCCUGUCAUGGAACAAAACCAUUGAGCUGACCGACGACAUUGUCAUCACUUUUGAGUCAGGUCGGCCGGAGCAGAUGGUUUUGGAAAAGUCUCUAGACUAUGGACGUAGCUGGCAGCCCUACCAGUUCUAUGCUACCGACUGCCUUGAUGCUUUCACUAUGGAGCCCAAAACGGUGAAGGACAUUACCCAGCACACGUUGCUGGACAUUAUCUGCACCGAGGAAUAUUCCAGAGGCUACGUGUGGAAGAACGACAAGACCGUACGCUUUGAAAUCAAAGACCGUUUCGCACUGUUCGCCGGGCCCAAGCUGCACAAUAUGGCCUCGCUUUAUGGACAACUGGACACCACCAAGAACCUGAGAGACUUUUUCACCAUCACUGAUCUGCGCAUACGUCUGCUCAGACCUGCCACGGGCGCCACCAUGGUGGAUGAGAACAACCUUUCCAGAUACUUCUACGCCAUCUCUGACAUUAAAGUACAUGGCAGGUGCAAGUGCAACCUUCACGCCAACAGCUGCAUCUUUGACAAAGAGAGACUGACUUGCGAGUGUGAGCACAACACCACGGGGCCUGACUGUGGCCGCUGUAAGAGGAAUUAUCAGGCCAGAGCUUGGAGCGCAGGAUCCUAUCUCCCCAUCCCCAAGGGCACAGCAAAUAUCUGUCUGCCAAAUAGUGUUGGUCCAGUUAUUCGGCAGAACAUUUCAUCCCUAGGUGUCGCUAACCGAAAUCAAGUAGCUCCUCAAGUUGCUUUGUCAACCGUUCCUUCUGUACAAGUUGCAAACAGUAAGAGAGACUGCGAAUGUUUCAGUCACUCCAAUCGCUGCAGUUACAUCGAGGUGCUAAACACCGUCAUUUGCGUGAGCUGUAAGCACAACACUAGAGGGCAGCACUGCCAGCUGUGCAAGCUUGGAUACUACCGCAAUGCCUCAGCAGAGCUGGACGAUGAGAAUGUUUGCAUAGACUGUAAUUGUAAUCCCUUUGGCUCAGACACUGAUCGCUGUAAUGGCACAGGAUAUUGUAAAUGUAAGGAGGGAGCGACAGGGGCUAAGUGCCAUGAGUGUCUGCCAGGAUAUUUGUGGGACAAUGGCUGCAAAUCCCGAGUGUGCGACAACGAACUUCUGCGUUGCCAAAACGGCGGCGUGUGUGUGAACAACAUCCGUUGUCAGUGUCCUCCAGCAUACACCGGCCUGCUGUGCGAGAAGCCGCGGUGCGAGAACGAGCCAGGCGGCUGCGGAGGGUCUGACUCGGGCCAGGCUUCCCUCCGCCCCCCUGGGCCGCUCCUGCUUUUGCUGCUGGGUCCGGUUUUCCUCGUGGAGAUCUGCUGGACCACAGUCCUCUGAGAGGCAGAUCUCCAGACUGUCCAGCUUCUUCUGUAUGAGCAGCGCACCAGACCCACCGACACUCGGCCGGCCAUGUGGAAUGUGCCCAAAUAUCAAAGCGAAAUUCCUGAGGAUGACAGACAAAAUACAAUAAAUAAUACAUCAAUAAAAAUAGUAUUUAUAAAAAUUGAUUCAAUAUAAAAAUCUAAAAAGUUCAAAAAAAACAUCAAGGUGUUAUUUAUAGAAUUUACCUGAGCAUAUGCUUCAUGAAGCAAAUAAGAGGAAGUAGAGACGUGAACUAAGCCAUAAUAGAUACUCACUCCCCUUAACAGAACGAGAGAGUGACAGGGAUUGGAGUGGACAAGACUCAUCCCUUUCCUCCCUUUAUCACCAAGGCAACGGGAGCUGCGUUCAGCCAGCGGCAUGUACGAGUAAAGCCAGCUGCUGCCCCUCACCUGAGCCAUUCUGGGUAUCAUGAUGGCUGUAGACUGCUUUUGGCUAUUGUGACACGGAGCGAUGGAAAACCGUCCGGAUUGUGUGAACUGGCAAUUACGAAAAAAGAAGAAGAAGCAGUAAUAAUAUGGAGAAAGACUUGCGAUAAAAGAACCAAGCAUUCUUUGCUGUCAGUGCAUUGUGGAUAUAAGGAAAUCUACUCAGACUGUCACAUUCGAUCCGCUUUCAAAUUGAGCUCGUCCCGCCAACACGUCCCACCCCACCUUCGAAAACAAACUUUAGAGUGUCCUUUGUGUCAAAAGCCCCGUCCUUCCUCCACCCUGUGCUUUUGUGAAUGUUAUUCUGUAACCCUUGAUAUUUUUUUUCCCGAUAUAUCUAUAUAUAUAUAAAAAUAUAUGAUUUUUUGGUUUUCCUUUCAGUCUGUGUGAUGUUAGUCACACUCAUGUGGCACACCCCCUUAUCCUCUGAAAAAAAAAAUAUGACUGAAAACCCAUGACUUUGAAAUGUGACGGACUGUUUGCUGAGGCCACGGUCAAAGAUGUAUGUUUUCACCCAAACAGAUGAAGUGCUUAGACAGUCAUCAGUGUAUUUAAUUUUUGUAUUAAUACAGAAGUUAUUUUCUUGACAGAGUAAAGAUAAUGUAGAACAUAUACUUUUUUGUAUUAUUGCUGAAAUGUGUUUAAGGGCAACAUUUUAGUGCGUUCAAUCAAGGUGCAUACUGAAUUCAAUAUAUCUGAUUAUGUUUGAUUUCAUUUACACUUUUUCGUUUCUCCUUCAGUUGGAUUGUGAAGUUUUCCUAAAGUAUAUUGGCAACGUGCUGGCAUCAAAGAAUAUCAGUUUACAUCCAGUAUAUAUACUGACGUGUAAAAAAGAAGAAUCACACCAAAGGACAUUCUAAAUGUUUUCUUGUUGCUUUAACACUGAGAAAUUUAAGUGAAUAAAAGUUUAAAAGGACUUUACGUAGCUGUGUUGUACUGUCUUUGAAGAAUCGAAAUUGUCCCUGCGAUGAAAGCGUGAUAAAUAAUCGCUUAUGUCUUUAUGCAUAUAAAUUGCAUACUUUGCAGAACAGUGGAAAAUGCUUUAAGCCUCAGAAUUUUCUGCACACCAUUUAUCUCAAAUUCAAUACAGUAAUGAUUUGUUUCAGUGAAACGCAUUAUCGGAUGGGCAGAAUUAAAUAUUAACAGCUAUUGAUGUCUGUUUGAGAGCUUGUUUUAUGGAGUUGCUCUUGCCUGUGAGUAAACUGCCCAUCUAUCGCACGGGUUUGUUUUAAACAGAAAGUUUUACGGCCUUUAUAAAGCGUGUGACAACUCGGGCCUGCUAAAUGAUUCAUUAUGAAGGAGAUGCUUCAAAAGCAUUUGUCUUUAUAUGGAUACUAAUUGUGUAAUUUUAUGUGUUUGUGUGUCUGCUUUCAAAACAAAACAAAUGUGGAUUAAGUAGUAUUGCACGUUUAUGUUAGUUAUAAACCAGUCUACAUAUUGGAAAU